CCUGGCCCUCAUGAGCAGACUUUUGCUUGGUCGAGAAAUUCCCCCAAGACUCCGCCCGCCCUGUUCCCCUGCCCAAGCGUCCGCCCACACCCACCGGUCGAGUCCCUCUCGCCCCCCCGUUUCUGUUGCCUCACCGUCUGGUGCAGACAGACUUGACCCUUCCACCACCACCACCACCACCACCACCACCCAUCACUCACAGCCACAACAACACUCGAUCCUUCGUCCGACGGCCGACCGUGUCCGCGACCGCAUCGCUUCGGAAAUGCUUAUUCUUUGCCAUCGCCACUGACUGCUCGUCUUGUUGGGCCUUUGCACUGCCUGUUGCCGCGCCUGUCGCCCCUUUUCGCUCCCCAGCCGGAGCGUCGCUGCUCCACCGAGCUUCGCUUGCUGGUAGCAGCCAACCCGGCCACCCGUCGACUUCCGACCGGCAGACGCCCGCUGACCAGGCCCGUCACUGCAUCAGCGCCAUCGCUCCGCCUGUCUGCCAUCUCACGGCCGCCUGAAGCGUUCUUGCUAGCUCCGAUACGAUGGCUUCAUCUUCGUCAAAUGUCGUCGGCGUCCAUUACCGCGUAGGGAAGAAGAUUGGCGAGGGUUCAUUCGGUGUCAUCUUCGAGGGAACCAAUCUGUUGAACAACCAGCAAGUUGCCAUCAAAUUCGAACCCCGAAAGAGCGACGCUCCACAGUUGCGAGAUGAGUACCGAACGUACAAGAUUCUCGUGGGCUGCCCUGGCAUCCCCAAUGUCUACUACUUUGGCCAGGAAGGCCUUCACAACAUCCUCGUCAUCGAUCUCCUAGGCCCCUCGCUGGAGGACCUUUUCGACCACUGCGGACGACGGUUCACCAUCAAGACAGUCGUCAUGGUGGCGAAGCAAAUGCUCUCGAGGGUCCAGACGAUACACGAGAAGAACCUCAUCUACCGCGAUAUCAAGCCGGACAACUUCUUGAUUGGCCGCCCCGGCACCAAGGCCUCCAACGUAAUCCACGUCGUCGAUUUCGGUAUGGCCAAGCAGUACCGGGACCCCAAGACGAAGCAGCACAUUCCAUACCGCGAGCGAAAGUCUCUGUCUGGCACUGCUCGUUACAUGAGCAUCAACACCCACUUGGGCCGCGAACAGUCCAGACGAGACGACCUCGAGGCCCUUGGCCACGUCUUCAUGUACUUCCUGCGGGGUGGCCUACCCUGGCAAGGCCUCAAGGCUGCAACUAACAAGCAAAAGUACGAGAAGAUUGGCGAGAAGAAGCAGACGACGGCCAUCAAGGACCUAUGUGAAGGUUUCCCCGAGGAGUUCUGCAAGUACCUCACCUACGUUCGCAACCUCGGAUUCGAAGACACCCCCGACUACGACUACCUCCGAGAUCUCUUCAGCCAGGCCCUCAAGAACGCUGGCGAGGUCGAAGACGGCGAGUACGACUGGAUGAAGAUCAGCAAGGAUUCGGGAAAGGGGUGGGACUCGAUGAAGAAUCACGGCGCGGCAUAUCUGCACAACCCAAACAACCUCACCGUCAGCCGUUUAAACGCCGCGCAACCCCCCACUCCGUCACCGAUCAAGCAGAUGGGCAAGCAGAGAGAUCGGCCAAGCGCGCCCGGCGCCAUCCCGGGCCAGCGCACCAGCGGAGUGGGGGGUCUCAGAGACAUGGCCACCCCGACUGGCUCUACUCAAGCUCAAUUCCAGAACAGCACCCAGAACCUACCGCAACAGAGGGUGCCGCAGCAGGGUCCCAUGGUGGCGGCGGGCCAGCCUAACCAGCGGCCCGCGGAGCCCCAGCCCAGUGGCUUCCAGAAGUUCAUGAAGGCUAUUUGCUGCGGCUAGUCGCCUACCUUCUGGGAUGACUUCCGCACAAUACGCCAUCGUCGUCGUCGUUACAGUCGCUGCCGGUCGCAGGUCAUGCCGCCGGUGUCGACAAACUUGAAUUUUCCCUCCCGUCUGCCCGGGGACUACCGAGACUUCGCUUCUUGGCCUGCGCUUCGCCAAGUCAACUCGGUUUACCACGCACUACCGAGGACUCUCGGGCAGAGGCGCGGAUUCACGCAACGUCGUCGUCCACUAUCGAGGCCGUCCAAGUAUAUAAGACCGGCCAUGUCAAAGGAACCCCGCCGCUUUUCGAACUCACCUCCGCAAAACAUUGGGGUCCACGGCGGACUCAUGGGACGAUUCGGCAAUGGGAGAGGGCGUGGGACCGAAGUAAGCCGCGGACGAAGAUCAAGGGCAGCCGGCUCCGAACUUCGCCGGCGUGCCUUUCGUAACUCAUUUUAUGUCUGAUAUUCCGUCACAAAAACCAUAGUCGAGCCUCUUUCAAGGUGCAGCGCAGCAACGGCGCAGGGUGGUCACGAAGGGCAGCAUGGGCUUUCAUGGUGUAUUUUCUCACUUUUUCCUACGACGCCUUCUAUAAUAAACCUUCCUAGAUCCUAGACCUUUCCCGCCUCGGCAAAGUGAGGGACAAAGGUCGGACGGGACAAGGUGGGGAGGAUUUCGGUAGAGGCGCAGAAAGAAUCGGGCAGAGCGGUGAGGUGCGUGCAGUGUCGAUGGGCGCAAGGCGGAGAAUCAUGUUUGUGAGCCGAGACCCAUUACUAACGCAGCUAUGGAGUUUUCGUCGGGUGUUCAUUGCAAUGGAAAUAGAAGUCUUGAAUCAUCUCCUCGCAUGCUCCUUUUCCCAAGCUCGAACAAUGACAUUACGUAGUUUUGGC